UUCCCGGCCCCUCCCCAUCCAGCCCGCCGCUCGCUUGCCAACCUGUCUGCACUCUGCAGAACACCCACGGCGGCUGGGGGGAGGCUGGCCCGGGGUCCCGCUACCCACACCCCAGCCUUGCAUGGCCCAAGCUGUCGGCUGGGCCAUGGCCAGGCAGGCAUUAGGAGAUUUAACGUUCCAUAUUUAGCUGCAGGAUGUGGAAUUAUGGUGCCAGGGAGGACAGAGCCACCGCAGCCCCUGCAGUGCACGUGUCCCUGGGGCUGCCAGGGGGCAAGCCGGCCGCACAGCACCAUGGGGGGCACCAGGAAGGCCCUGGGGAGUCGGCAGGUGCAGGGAUCAGCCCAUGGGGCUGAGAAACUGAAACUUGCCAGAGAUCAGAGGGCUGGUGCCGAGUGGUGACGGCCCAGGGCACCAGGCCCGGGCACCGGGUGAUUCCCCAGGGCACUUGGUCGGGGGCACCAGGCUUGGGAACAGGGUGAGUACCCAGGGCACAGGAUGGCCACCUUUGUGCGGUUGCUGGUGUCGCAGGCGGAGCGGGUGGUCUCGCGUCUCUUCAAGGCAGAGCGUGGCGAGGGGCCCGGUUCCUUCCUGGAGGCGCCGCGGACGGAGAAGCUGCUGCAGCGGGGCGAGGGGGGCGGGCUGCGCUAUGGGCUAGGCGCCAUGCAGGGCUGGCGGGCACACAUGGAGGACACUCACACGGCUCAACCCCAGCUGCCGGGCGACCUGGCCACCUGGGCCUUCUUUGCCGUGUACGACGGGCACGCGGGCGGCACGGUGGCGCAGUUCUGCGCCCGCCACCUGCUGGGGGAGGUGGUGGUGGGCGAGGCCUUCACAGGGGAGGCGGAGUCGCCUGAGGCCGUGAAGGAGGCGGUGCGGGAGGGCUUCCUGCGCAUCGACAGCCGCAUGCAGGCGCUGGCCCGCGCCGAGGGGUGGGAGCACGCCGGCUCCACCGCCGUGGCCGUGCUGGUCUCGCCGGGCCACCUCUACUUCAUCAACCUGGGCGACUCGCGGGCCCUGCUGUGCCGGGCCGGCCGCCUCACCUUCUACACGGAGGACCACAAGCCCAGCCGGCCGCGGGAGCGGGAGCGCAUCGAAAACGCCGGCGGCACUGUCCUGCUGCAGCGCGUCAAUGGCUCCUUGGCCGUCUCCCGCGCCCUGGGCGACUUUGACUACAAGGCCGUGGCCUGGCGGGGCCAGACGGAGCAGCUGGUGUCGCCCGAGCCCGAGGUGUACGAGCUGGCGCGCUGCCCCGGCGAGGACGAGUUCCUGGUGCUGGCCUGCGACGGCGUCUGGGACGCCUUCGACACCGAGGGGCUCUGCGCCUUCGUCCGCUCCCGCCUGCUGCUCGGCGGGGACCCGCAGGCCGUGUGCGAGGAGGUCCUGGAUGCUGGGCUCUACAAGGGAAGCCGCGACAACAUGACCUGCAUGGUGGUGUGUUUCCGGGGGGCCCCUGGCACCUCCCAGGCCGCCCUGCAGAAGGAGAGGGAGCUGGACGCUCACCUGGAGAGCCGGGUGGCAGAGCUGUAUGGGGAGCUGCAGGAACAGGGGGCUGCCAGCCUUGUGGCCAUCUUCCGGUGCCUGGCGACCGAGGUGAACCCCAGCCUGCCCCCCGGCGGGGGUCUGGCCAGCAAAAGGGCCGUGAUCAUGGAGGCCUACGAGGGCCUGCGACGGAGCUAUGAGGCCCAGAUGUCG